AUGAUCAAGAUCUUCGGCGUUGGCCGCGGCAAGCGCGCGGAGGAGUCGAAAGAUGGCGACGACGCAGAGGCUCCUGCCGCAAAGAAAAAGCAACCAGGUGAAAUUCGAAUGCAAAAGGAGUUGGACGAGAUGGAACUGCCCCCACAGUGCCAUAUUAAUUUUCCGGACAAGAACAACCUCAUGCACUUCCAGAUGCAAAUCUCACCAGACGAAGGGUUUUGGAAAGGGGCAAGCUACACCUUCGUCUUCAACGUUGCGCCGCUGUACCCGCAUGAGGCCCCAAAGGUAAAGUGUCAUGAGCUCAGUCGUGCGCUGACAGAGCUGAGAGUCUGUCGCGGGCACGCUUCAGCUUUCGCUGCGUUGCGUGACGUUCAAGAAAGGAAGAAAGGACGUCUUGCCCAGGCGUGUUGUGUUGCACGCGAGCCGGUAUGA